GUGUUAUUAUCUGCAUGCUAUCUCUAUCAUAGUUUCUCAUAAAACCGUUUAUAAAAUAUCAUUAAUUGUCCAAAAAUAGACACUAUAGUUAUGUCGAAGAAUUACAUAAAUGCGCUUUUGAAGCCUUUUCGUGAGAGUAAAGUAGUAGAAAGCUUGUUAAAAUUGUUUGAUUCCGGGUCAAAUAAGUCUUCUAGUGCGAUUGGAACAGUUAAAAAUGAGGUCCCGGCGAGCAGGGCGGGUGUUGCCCAGUACAGCACCGGAGUACGUAAAGUUACAUUAAUCCCUGGCCAUGGAAUUGGACCUGAGAUCACGGUAGCCGUGCAAAAAAUAUUCGAAGCCGCCAAAGUGCCUAUUGAAUGGGAUGAAGUGGACGUUACAGCAGUAAGGGGUCCAGAUGGAAAGUUUGGUAUUCCCCAAAGAGCAAUUGACUCUGUAAACGAAAACAAAAUUGGUCUUAAAGGACCCUUAAUGACCCCAGUUGGUAAAGGAUACCGCUCUCUUAACUUAGCUCUUCGUAAAGAGUUUGACUUAUAUGCUAAUGUGCGGCCUUGCAAAAGUUUAGAUGGAAUCAAGACAUUAUACGAUAACGUGGACGUAGUAACCAUCCGUGAGAACACAGAGGGUGAAUAUUCAGGUAUUGAGCACGAAAUCGUGGAUGGAGUCGUUCAAUCCAUCAAGUUGAUUACUGAGGAAGCCAGUAAGAGAGUUGCAGAGUUUGCCUUCCAAUUCGCAAAGGACAACAAAAGGAAGAAGGUCACGGCAGUGCACAAGGCGAACAUUAUGCGUAUGUCAGACGGACUUUUCCUUCGGUGUUGUCGUGAGAUGGCUACUAAGUACCCUGAUAUCAAGUUUGAGGAGAGAUAUCUGGACACUGUCUGUCUUAACAUGGUCCAGGAUCCAUCAAAGUUCGAUGUUUUGGUGAUGCCCAAUCUGUAUGGAGACAUCAUGUCGGACAUGUGUUCAGGUCUGGUCGGAGGUUUAGGUUUGACUCCUUCUGGAAACAUCGGAAAGAAUGGAGCGCUCUUUGAGUCUGUGCAUGGUACAGCGCCAGCCAUCGCGGGACAAGACAAGGCGAAUCCUACGGCUUUGCUACUCUCCGGUGUUAUGAUGCUGCGAUACAUGCGUCUAUUAGAACAAGCUGAUAAAAUUGAAAAUGCCUGCUUCACUGUUCUAAAGGAGGGAAGGGUUCUUACUGAAGAUCUUGGAGGCAACAGCACCUGUUCAGCGUUCACAGAAGAUAUUAUCAAGAACCUUGCUUAAAUAGGUCUAAAAUUUUCUCUUAGGUAGCUAAAGUUACUGGUCGAACGGUCGUUUGAUUUUCGCCGAUAAUUGUUGGUGCAGUUUUUACGAUUACGUAGUAUACGCGUACGAUACGCGUGUAUGUAUGUUUCCUGAAAUUUAUUCUAUAUUCAGACUAUUUUUGUUCACACUUGAUAUGGGUUUAAAUGCGACAGCUGUUAAAUAUGUUUGACCCAAUGUAAUGUUAAAUGUAAUUUUAUUUUAAUGUGUUAUUUAUAUUUAACAUACAUAAAUCAAUGAAAUUGUGUAAAUUUCAGCCAUGUAUUUACAGUAUUGACAAUAGCAAUAAGUUUGUGAAUUUAUUAGUUCUUUUGCUAAUAUGGAACUCCAAAUCUGUUUUUAUCAAAUGCAGUGUUAUUUUAUUAUUAAGUUAAGUAGGACAAAUUGAACCGAAUGAGUAUUAUGUUAAUAAGAUCUGCUCAGUCUAUGAAAUUAGCUUCCAUGAGGAGAUCAGUUAGAUCAUAACGAAAAUAAAAUUUUAAUUCGACUAGCUUUGUCUUAUGAGAAAAAUUUAAUGAUUAAAAUUAUUUAUUUUAACAAAACAAUAAUGUAUACAGUAAUAUUUAUACAAUUAAAAAUAUGAAGUGCUCCUUUGUACAAAAUUAAACUGCCGCUAUCUAUAAUAUAUUUUAUCUUUUUGAACAUUAAAAUACUAUAAAGAUUGGCAACCUUACCAAAAAUCAAUUUCAGCUCAUAUGAUAAUGUUGCCAGGCUUGUGAGCUAAUUGUUGUUACCAGUUUAUAUUAGUGAGAAAUGGCUGUUUCAUUGUAUCGUGUUGUUGUUAAGGUUAAUAUUAAUAAUAGUCGGUUAUUGACUCUAGUAAACACACCCUUUACCAGUAAUUGACCAUAUUUAAUGAAACAUGGCAACAAAAACAGCAAAAAGAAUUGUCAUUAUAAUGACUAUAUUAUAACUGUGUUGCCACUUGAUAUUAUUUACUGCGCGUAAAUAGCGACAUUUUUUCCUGUUUUAUAAUAUGCCCUAGUGAAUUUUAAUUUAAUAUUGCUAUUCUGUAAGAUUAGAUACUCAUAAGAUACUCAUUUAAUUUGUUCCUUGGCUCGUUCCAAAUGCAUUUUGAUUUAUGUAUUUUUUUAUUAUUUUACAGUAUUGUAUUAAAUCAAGUUAAAUUAUUCAGAUUUAAUCUGACAAACCGACAUGCAUUAUUUAAAUUAAUUAU